AAAAAAAAAAAAAAAAAAAAAAAAAAAGAAAAAGUAAAACCAAAAUAAUCUAAGAGGUUCCCUUGGAUCUGAUCGUUCCGGUCCCAGCACCCCGGCCAGGCAUGAGGACACCACCUAUGCGGGUGUUUCUUGCCUGGGUCACGUUGCUCCUCCUCAGCUCGGUCGUCUCUGCCCAGGACUACGACGACCCCGAAGAGAAGAAGAAUAAGCCGCCACCCGAGCAGGAGAGCUGCACGGGGGUAUUCCUCUCCUACAAUUUCAUCGAGCGUGAGAAGGAGUACCCUCACGUGAAAAAUGCGACCGCCCAGGCCUGGGCCUUCAAGUCGCAGCUCACUGUCCUGAACGCGGGCCUGGACGAGCUCAAGGCAUGGAGGGUGUUCAUCAAGUUCCAGCACGAGGAGGUCCUUGUCUCGGUGACCGGCGCGGUCAUCAUCGAUGGGGAUGACCUGCCUGCCAAGGUCAGCAAGAAUGGGACGUUGUUCGCGGGGUACCCGAUGGCGGAUCUGAAGACUUCGGUCGAGACCGCCGGUGACAUCAAUCAAAUCCAGGCAAAGAUCGACAUCCUCGGGACAGUGUUUGGGAUCAAGCCCCCUGGCGUCCCCUUGCCCAAGACCAUCCGGCUCGAGAACGAUGGGUACAAGUGCCCCAAGAUUAUGAGACGGGGGAGUUCUAUGUACUCGUGCUGUGUCAGAGACAAGAAGCAUAAGGUGAAGCCGACCAAGACGAAGUUCUUGCCCCGGCAAUACGGGGAUCUGUCCUUGACAUACGACGUUCUCCAGGCGUACGCAGGCAGCUACCAGGCCCAGGUCACGAUCGACAACAACCACCUGUUGGGCCGCCUCGACCAUUGGAACCUCACAUGGGAGUGGAUGCGCGGGGAGUUCAUCCACUCCAUGCGUGGGGCCUACACCCACCGCCGUGACCCUUCUGAGUGCAUCUACGGGCCAGCGGGCCAGUACUACAAAGACUUCGACUUCUCCCAGGUCAUGAACUGCGAUAAGAAGCCAGUCAUCUCCGACCUCCCCGCUGACCGGGCCAAUGACAGCAAGGUCGGGAAGCUCCCUUAUUGCUGCCGGAAUGGAACUCUGCUCCCCGUGGUCAUGGACCCAUGGAAGGCCAGGUCCAUCUUCCAGCUGACCGUUUACAAGAUCCCCCCGGACAUGAAUCGGACUGCCCUGUCUCCGCCCCAGCGGUGGAAGAUCAACGGUGUGCUCAAUCCCACCUACAAGUGUGGGGCUCCCAUUCGGAUUGAAAACACCCAGUUCCCGGAUCCAAGUGGUCUCCAGUCCGUGACGACCGCCAUUGCUAGCUGGCAGGUUACCUGCAACAUGACCCAGCCCAAGCCCAAGGAGGCCAAGUGCUGUGUCUCAUUCUCGGCCUAUUACAACGACUCGGUCAUCCCCUGCAACACCUGCGCCUGUGGGUGCGAGGACACCGACAGGAAGUGCAGUGCCAAUGCCCGCCCGAUGCUCCUUCCCCCGGAGGCUGCCCUGGUGCCAUUUGAUAACCGGACAGUCAAGGCCAAGGCCUGGGCCAAGCUCAAGCACAACCCCAUCCCGGCCACACUUCCCUGCCCAGACAACUGUGGUGUCAGCAUCAACUGGCAUAUUGACACGAACUACCGGGGCGGGUGGACAGCCCGAGUGACACUCUUCAACUGGGACGAGAUUCCUUUCGAGGAUUGGUACACAGCAGUCCAGUUGAAUAAGGCUUUCCAAGGGUUCGACACCGUCUACUCCUUCAAUGCCACGAAGCUCGUACAUCGCAGCGCCAACAACACCAUCUUCUUCCAGGGUCUCAAGGGGCUGAAUUACCUGAUGGGGGAGACCAAUGGGACCAACCCGUCCAAGGACCCGCGGGUACCUGGGAAACAGCAGUCCGUGAUCUCCUUCAAGAAGAAAGAUAAUUGGGACAUCGAUAUAACAAAAGGGGACGGGUUCCCGACCAAGGUGUUCUUCAACGGUGCAGAGUGCUCGAUUCCCACGGGCAUACCGACAGGGAGCUCAGAUAAGCGGGCUCGGGUCGACUCUAUGCUGGUUAUUCUUGUCGGUAUUGCGACGUUCGCACUGAUGACAGACCGGUUCCACUGGUGAUUUUUCUUGCAAAAAAACAAGGAGGGUAAGCAGUGAUUCAGAACUGAGGAGGGGAUGAUGAUGAAGUGAACCAAAAUCAUUAGAUACGGUUUGGUCCUUUUUUUUUUCCCCC